AUGUCCGAGACAGAUGCAAAUCAGGCCGUGAAUGAUAUCCCCGGCGAGCCAGUUGAAAACGCAAGUGCUGAAGAGAACCAGAAUCAGGAAACAGUUGCACCCGACCAGGAGGCCAUCCAGCAGCGAUGUAGCAGAGAGUCGUCCAAAUCCUCCGAGGAUAUCGGCGCUGUUGCCCCAGCCUCGGCCGUGAAUGGCGGACGCGAGAUAUCCAACACGAUUUUAUACGUGGGCAACUUGCCCAAGUCGGCCCCCGAGGAGCAAGUCAGCGAGUUGUUUUCCGUUGCCAAGCCGAUCAAGUCGAUCAAGUUGUUGAACGACAAGAACAAGCUCGGCUUCAACUACGCCUUUAUAGAGUUUGAUGAUAACCAGGACGCCGACAUGGCGUUGAGCACGUUGAACGGGAAGUUGGUCAACAACUGCGAGAUCAAGGUGAACUGGGCCUACCAGUCGGCAGCAAUCGCCGGCAGCAGCACCUCCGAGGAGCCUUCGUUCAACAUCUUUGUGGGAGACUUGAGCUCAGAAGUGAAUGACGAGGCCCUCAAGAAGGCUUUUGCCAAGUUUGGCUCUUUGAGACAAGCGCAUGUGAUGUGGGACAUGCAAACUUCCCGUUCAAGAGGCUAUGGCUUUGUUACCUUUGGUGCGCCCGAGGAUGCGGAAAACGCGCUCCAGGCGAUGAAUGGCGAGUGGCUUGGAGGCAGAGCCAUAAGGUGCAACUGGGCGUCGCACAAGCAAACGGCCAAUAGUAUGAACAACAGUGGUGGUAAUGGUGGUGAUGGCAAUGGCGGUGGCAAUGGCGGUGGCAAUGGCGGUGGCAAUAAUGGUGGUGGCAAUGGUGGUGGCAAUGGAUUAUUUGGCCAGCAGUUUCAGAACCAAUACGUGAACAACGGCUAUAGGAACAACAAUGGACAAUCCAACCGUUAUUCAAGCAACAACCGCCAGUUCAGACCUUACUACAACGGCGGCAACAACAACAACAACAACGGCUACAACUCGCAGAGAAACUUUAGCAACGGCGGCCAGUUUCCUCAGCAGAUUAUAAACAAUUCCCCUUCGAGCGGCCUGCAGUCGUCCCUACAGCUGCAAAGCUCGGGCAUGAAUGGAAUAAUGAUGCACAGCCUUGGCUCCAACAGCAGCCUUACUCAAAUGGGCACCAAUCAGUUUGGUGCGCCCGGUGGGCCCGUGAGCAAUGGCGCUCAGCAGAACAACAAUAUAACCGUCAUGUCUCCCCAAUCGUAUGACAUUGUGUUGAGACAGACCCCCUCUUGGCAGACUACAGUUUACUUGGGCAACAUUGCCCAUUUCACCCAGCAGCAGGAAAUGAUCCCUUUGCUCCAGAACUUUGGGUUCAUUGUUGACUUCAAGUUCCACCCUGAGAGAGGAUGUGCCUUUGUGAAGUACGAUUCACACGAGCGAGCAGCAUUGGCCAUAAUACAGUUGGCUGGCUUCAAUUUGAAUGGCCGGCCAUUGAAAUGUGGAUGGGGUAGAGAAAGACCCCAACAGUACCAGAACGCACCAAGAGGUGGCUCGCAACAAGGUGCAGCUCCAUACGGGAAAGGUCGACCUUGA